GGGGGCCGUGACUUCCUACCUACUGGUAGCCCCAGUACCCCAGCAGUACCCCAGUACCAAACUCCCGCCCUAACGUUUUCCCCAUCCAGACCACGAAUGAUACCGGCUUAGGAUCACCAUAGCCGGGUUGUUCUGGUCUUGCAAGCUCGGAGGGCGAGAGGGAAAGGGAGUCCCGGCAGGGUAAUCAAAGGGAGCUGCGGCGUGCUGUCGUUUGUUCUUGCGCGUAUUACUCCCCCUUUUUUUGUUUUUGUUUUUGUUUUUGUUUUGUGUUGUGAUCGCUUUCCGACCCUUGCGGUCUCUCUCUCUCUCUCUCUCUCUCUCUGUGUGUCUCUCUGUGUGUGUACGCUUGUGCUCCCUCCUCCUCCCCGCGUUUUUUGGUUCCUCUCUCUCUCUCCCUCCCUCUGUGUACGCUUGUGCUCCCUCCCCCUCCCCGCGUUUUUUUCAUUCCUGAGACGAAAAAGGGGUUCCUGACUGCAGCGGCAGCACAGCGGCGGCGGCAGUUUGACAUCUGUAGCGUCGGGAUCUCGACUUAUCCAUCUUUGGACAUAGAUCUUGUCGCGGCUUGUGGAUAUGGCGGAAGCUUCUGAAGCGCAGAGGAAACGUGCGGCACUCAAUGACUACCGAAAAAAAUUAUUGAUACACAAGGAGCUCGACGCACAAGUUCGACGCUUGAGGGAGAGCGUGAAAGGUGCCAAGAAAGAGUAUGACAAAACGGAAGACGAUCUUAAGGCGCUGCAGAGCGUGGGGCAGAUCAUCGGAGAAGUAUUGCGUCAGCUGGACGAAGAACGCUUGAUUGUGAAGGCAAGUAGCGGUCCGCGGUAUGUUGUCGGGUGCCGGAACAAGGUAGAUAAGUCGAAGCUGGUGGCUGGAACGAGAGUAGCACUGGAUAUGACGACACUCACGAUUAUGAGGGCGCUGCCAAGGGAGGUAGACCCUGUUGUGUACAAUAUGCUCCAUGAAGAUCCGGGGAACGUCAGCUAUUCCGCGAUCGGCGGUUUGAGUGAACAGAUCAGGGAGCUGCGGGAGUCGAUCGAGCUGCCACUGAUGAAUCCGGAGCUGUUCUUGCGCGUUGGCAUAAAACCGCCGAAGGGUGUGCUGCUCUAUGGGCCACCUGGCACAGGAAAGACACUGCUCGCAAGGGCAAUUGCAAGCAACAUCGACGCAAACUUUCUAAAGGUUGUCUCCAGUGCUAUUGUGGACAAAUACAUUGGGGAGAGUGCGCGACUGAUCCGUGAGAUGUUUGGGUAUGCAAAAGACCAUCAGCCUUGUAUCAUCUUCAUGGAUGAGAUUGAUGCUAUCGGUGGGCGGAGGUUCAGUGAAGGCACAAGUGCCGAUCGUGAAAUUCAGCGCACUCUGAUGGAGCUCCUGAAUCAGCUUGACGGGUUCGACCAAAUCGGAAGGGUGAAGAUGAUUAUGGCAACUAAUCGACCCGAUGUGCUGGAUCCCGCUUUACUUCGGCCUGGAAGGCUUGAUCGAAAGAUUGAGAUUCCAUUGCCAAACGAGCAGGCACGGAUAGAGGUACUGAAGAUUCAUGCUGUUGGAAUUACGAAACAUGGUGAAAUUGACUAUGAAGCGGUGGUCAAACUGGCUGAGGGAUUUAAUGGUGCGGACUUGCGAAAUGUAUGCACAGAAGCGGGAAUGUUUGCGAUUCGUGACGAGCGCGACUAUGUUGUACAGGAGGAUUUCAUGAAGGCAGUCCGUAAGCUGAACGAUGCGAAGAAGUUGGAGUCAAGUGCACACUAUAGCACCGACUUUGGGAAGGAAUGACGGAUGGGGCAGAAGAUGGACAUUGUUGGGUUUUUUUUUUUUUUUUUGUUUCAUUCGGCGGGAAAUUCGAGUUAGGAGUUUUGGACUUGUAACCUCUCUUUUAUGCUCCUCUCCCUUUGUUAGACGUAGGAUGAAGAUUUAGGUGUUUCUGAAAUUCUGAAAUUCUGAAAUUCGUUUAUUUUUGUUUUCUUCUCGUUUCCCAACUAUUCAUGUGGAAUAACUGAAGGAUCGUUAAUGCUUGUUGUUGUUCUUGUUAUCCUUCUUCUUGGCCUUCUCUUUUAAAAAAGGGUCUGCGUUUCUCAUUUGCUGCCAAUCAACUUCAAUUGCUGUCGUCAUCUUCCUGUCGUGAGUUGUAUAGCAUUGAACCCCCCCGGAGGUUCUGCUGCACGGUGCAGUUUGUCUCUGAGCGAGAAGUCCCAUCUGGCGGUGGAGUGGAGCGCUCUCAGCCAUGCAAAGUAGGUGCACCACACAUAAAGCGCCAAAUGUUGUUCUGUGUUUACAAAUUUUGUAGAGAUUGCCGAUCACUCCUUUUGUGAAGGGCGACCGGCAGGGGCCCGUGAGGGGGCAGGUGCUCUUAUCACCCCCCACCUAGUGGUCCGAAGCUGGCUCUUUUUUUUUAAAAGGAAAAAAAGAAAUGGGCCUUUUGGGAAACAACGACGGGCAAGGAGGUUGCAUGUGUGAAUGAGCGAGAUAACUUCCUGUAAUCGAGAAGUAGAGGUUUUUACGCUCCAGUGGGGAUAUGGUUGGUUAUCACUUUGUGGGUGAAGUUCGGUGAACGGGUGGGGUGUACAAUGGGAGGUGGGGAGGGAGAUAUUUGGGCGCAGAUUAUAGCUGCAGAAUCGCCCAAAGAUAUACAUACAUACACUAAAAUAAAAACUCCGACGAAACAGUUUGUCACAGCCCCUUGUUUGUUGUCCUCUUCUGCCUCCCUGCCUACAGUCUACCGGGCAGCUCUUUUUGACGAUAUAUAUACACUUCAACAAAACAGUUUGUCACAG